AUGAGCAUCUCCGCAAGGUUGGCUUGCUGGGCGGCGACGAGGUGUGCUGCCAACAUAAGCAUAAGACCUGCUGCCGUGAGGUUUGCGCCGCGGCACACAACACCAGCAACCCUCCGAAGUCUCUUCUUCACAAAGGCGCAAUCAUGGCAGCAGAAUAAAAAGCAGCAGGAUGAGAAACCUGUUGGAACGCAACCUCCGACACCACAAGAUGUUACGCCCUCGCAGCCCGCCGAAGUGCUGCACGAAGACAUAUACACCGUACCCAACAUCCUGACCUUUACGCGUCUUGCCGCCGCCCCCGUCAUUGGAUACCUCGUUCUACACGACCAGCAUGCGUGGGCGGUUGGCCUCUUUGCAUACGCAGGUAUCACCGACUUGCUAGACGGAUGGAUCGCGCGACGCUGGGACAGCAAGACUGUCGUGGGCACGGUGAUCGACCCCAUGGCAGACAAGAUGCUCAUGACCAUCUUGACCAUCUGUCUUGCUGCCAAGGGUGCUUUGCCCAUCUGGUGCGCUGGCAUUAUUCUAGGCCGUGAUGUCGGUCUUGCCAUCUCUGCAAUCUACUACCGCUGGAUCUCCCUACCGCCUCCAAAAACAUUUGCUCGAUACUGGGACUUUUCACUUCCCUCGGCUGAAGUACGCCCCACGACCAUCAGCAAGUACAACACUUUCCUGCAGCUUGCCCUUGUCGGAGUCACCACUGCCGCACCUAUCCUGACCGCAGACUUGACCACUACCUUGACGGUCAUGCAAUACGUUGUCUCUGCUACCACCAUCUGGAGCGGAGCGAGCUACAUCUACACAAAGGACGCGGUUAAAAUUCUCAAUAAGGAAACGCCUAAAAAGCCAUAG